CAUUAGAUUCACGACGUUCAGAGGUUACACAUGCCAAACCAUCCAAAUUUUUUAUGUUUGUCGAAAUUGUUUUUUAGUUUUAUAUAGUUUUUAGUUUGUUUUUGUGUGAGAUAAUCAUGACAGAAUUCAAAACUUUUAGUCUUUUAGCGAAUGUUUGCAAGUGUUUUCAUGUAAGGGGAAAUGCGUUUAGUUUCUGGAGUCGAGCAUUAAAUAAAUAUGCCACGAGCACUCUGAAUAUGAGUUCGGAUACGCUGCAGGAGUCGCAAGGCAACAUGGGUUGGUCGAAGAACGGUCCACUGAGCACGGUCCUAAGGAAUGUCUCCGAAUCGAUGAAGCUAAUUGAGAGGACUGGGCACGGUUCAAAGGUUACCACGCAGCAGAAGGUUAAUAACAACAUACUGAAAAGGCAUCGGCAGCAGAAGCAAAACGAGCAGAAAGUAUCGGCAAGAUCAUACGCGACCCCAAGACCCGUGAAAGUCCAGGGAGGACUAAAGCAAAAGCUGAUGGAUCUGAUGAAAUCCAAUAUCACUCAGAGGAAGCAAACGUUGUUUGGCUAUAAUGACUCGAAUCUGGUCAGCAAGUAUACAAGGAUUGGGGAAAGCCGCUACGAGGGUUAUGCAUCCCAGAGUAAGCCCAAUCGAGGAGAUAGGAAAAUUGUGCCUCUAGUGAAAGUGGAGAAACCGACAUCUUACCGCCAGGAGUACGUUUGGAACAUAAAAAAAACCCCCCCGAUGGCAUAUACCACACUUCCCGAAUCCAGAUGGAAACGGGAGCAGCAAAGUCUCAAGGAGCAGCAGCGUCUCCAGGAGCAUCAAGCAGACUACAUCGAUAUAGCCAGUAUAACGAAUAAAAUCAAAAGAAACGAUCGCAUAAUGCGAUGCAUACGAGGCGUGGAGCAUAACGCCCACCUUCCCGUUGACUUUAGGCCCCAGGUAUAUCGUCACGGUUAUCAUUAGAGCUUGAAGCAGAGCGAAAUGAUUGCCAAAUACAAGGAUGACAAGAUACCCGAGAUGAUCAAGAUGCAACAGCAACAGAAGCGUAAGAAGGAGAAGUCCGAACAAAAGGAUAUCGCAAAGUCACGAAAAAGCACCACCUUCCCCAUCGAACUGUAAGAGACGUGAAGAUCAUAAAAAA